UUUUUUUACAAAAAACUAUUUUCCUCGUGACCUUCCAAAAAUGGAAAAAAUAACGUCCCUUCCUUCAUUGUCCCCAAACAACAAAACAACAACCAACCCUUCUCAACUUCUAGUAGACCAGGACGAUUUGGAUAAAUUGUCCAAUCAAUUAAAAUUGUUAAAAAUUGAUGAUUCGACAAUCAACAAAAUUUUACAAAAAUUUAAACCGAUCAAAAAAGAAGUUAAAAGUGAGCCACAGGAAUGUGAAGCUUUCGAACCUCAACAACAACAACAACCCUUUGUUGGGUAUGAUGGAUUGUUUGAAUUGGCUAUUUCUCAAGUCAUCAACUGUGGAUAUGGGCAUGUUCUCCCUUUCAACUUUUUUGGAACCAAAAAGUUGGAUAAUUAA